CGGAAUACUUUCACUUCCUCGAGGAGAAAGAAGAGAAGUAACAGACAUGGUAGCGAGCACGAGUAACUUUUUAACACUUGGGUUUCACUUUGGAGCGUUUACAGCGUAGGAAUGACGGGUUACUUACAACAUAUAGACGCAACACAAUGGUGACUGUUGUGCAGCAGACAUGGGUCAGAUAGAAGAAGCCCAGGUGUCGUGCCUCAACACCCUCACCUACCACCGAGAGCUGCUGGUGUCCAGGCUGAGGAGCGUUCAGUGCGUCCUGGACAACCUGUUGGCCACUGGCUUCGUCUGUGAUGAAGAAGUUGAGACCGUACAGCGAACCGUCACCAAGCCAGAGCAGGUGCGCAAAAUCCUGGAGCUGGUCCAAUGCAAAGGGGAGGAGGCCUGUGAAUACUUUAUUUACAUCCUUUAUAAAGUAUGUGACGCAUACAUAGACCUGCAGCCAUGGCUGAAGGAGAUCAACUACAACCCGAGGAGGGAUGUUACACUGACAGUGGUUAACACAGAUCCUAUCAGCAGGUACUGUGAGAAGCUGAGGCGAGAGAUGAUCCGGGACACGUGCUUCAUCAUGUCAUACGGCCAGCGAGAGGAGAGCCGCCUGGAGGAUCUCUACACUGACACACUGAUGGAACUGUUGAACGACAGCAAUGAGAGUUUGGGCUUCUUAGAGAGUCUGGACCAGCUCCUAGGAAACCAAGCAGUCUUCAACACCCAAGGGGAAACCAUCUAUGUGAUGGGGGAUGCCGGUGUGGGCAAAUCCAUCCUCCUGCAGAAGCUCCAGAACCUCUGGGCCAAGAAAGAGCUGCAGACAGACGCCAUCUUCUUCUUUAAGUUCCGCUGUAGGAUGUUCAACAUCAUCAAGGACACAGAACAGAUCUCCCUCCAAGACCUUUUGUUCAAAUACAACUGCUUCCCAGAUCAAGAUCCAGACCAGGAGGUGUUUGACUACAUCCUGCGCUUCCCGGAGAAGGUUCUUUUUACAUUCGAUGGCUACGAUGAGAUUCAGAUGAAUGACCUGAUGAAUGUUGCUGAAGUGGUGUCUCCAGAAGCCAAGGCACACCCCCUCCAGCUGCUCGUCAGCUUGCUUUGUGGGAAACUGCUCCAGGGCUCCCAUAAGGUGCUGACGGCCCGGACAGGGACCGAGAUCCAGAGUAGGGUGAUCAGGAAGAAGGUGGCUCUGCGUGGCUUCUCCCCUACUCAUCUGAAGACCUACAUCAAUCUGCACUUCAAGGCGCAGGAGCACCGAGAGCUGGUGUCAGUCCAGCUGGAUGCUAGCCCCCACCUGUGCGGCCUCUGCUCCACCCCGCUCUUCUGCUGGAUUGUGUUCAAGAGCUUUAGGCACCUGCACACCAUGCAUGACAGCUUCCAUCUGCCUGAAACCGGCAUCACCCUCACGGACAUCUUCCUUCUGCUGUCUGAGGUGUUCCUCAGCCGCUCCGCCUCGCCUGCACCGUCUCUGCUGAAGAGAAGCACUCGCUGUGCCUCGGACACCUUCAAAGCCGGGCUCCGGCCUCUCGCAGCAUUUGCCAAACUAGCACUUCAGGUUUUGGAUAGAGGUAGCUUCAUUUGCAGCCAAGAGGAGAUCACCGCGUGCGGCUUGACGGAGGAGGACCUGACCCUGGGCUUUCUCCGACCCGUCAGUGAGUACGAUGCCAGUGAAGGCCCUGCUAGAUUUGAAGUCCUUCAUAUCACCCUCCAGUCUUUUCUGGCGGCAUUUGCUCUGGUGUUGGAUGAGCAGGCUCCUGCCAGCUCCAUCCUCAAGUACUUCACCGUGUGCAGCAGGAAAAGAGAUCGGUCCUGUCUGCCUUUUGACUUCUGCAUCGGUGGCUCCUCAAAGUCCAGUGAAAAGCAUCCAUUUGCAACUAAUGACCACCUUCAGUUCACCAAUCUGUUCCUGUGUGGACUGCUGUCCAAGGCUCACAGCGGCCUGAUGGAGCAUCUGGUGUCUCCUGUGUUAUUAAAGAAAAAACGGGCCUUACUGAAGUCCUACCUUUCCACCAGUGUAAAGUCCCACCUCCACGGCUUACCCCACUACAACGGCGAAGAGGGCAGGAAAGUUCAUGUUCUGCCCAACUUCCUGUGGAUGCUGAGGUGCAUCUUUGAGACAGGGAGCAAAGACAUUGCUCAGAUCACAGCAAAAGGCAUCACCGCGGGCUUAAUCAAGCUGGGCUACUGUAACGUGUACUCGGGGGACUGCACGGCCCUGAAUUUUGUGCUGCAGCAUCGGCAGAAGCUGCUGGGCCUCGACAUGGACAACAACAACAUCAGCGACUAUGGAGUGAUGCAGCUGAGGCCCUCCUUCAGUAAGAUGACCAUAGUGAGAUUGUGUGUCAACCAGCUGUCUGACAGCAGCAUGGAGGUCCUGGCAGAGGAGCUGUGUAAGCACAAAGUGGUGGAGGUCUUGGGGCUUUACAACAACCACAUCACAGAUGUUGGAGCCAAGCUGGUUGCUCAGAUCGUUGAGAAAUGUCCAAAGCUGCGAGUCCUCAAGUUUGGGAAAAACAGGAUCACUAGUGUUGGUGGGAGGUUUUUGGCCAGCGCCAUUCAGAGGAGCACCUCUAUCUUUGAUGUGGGGAUGUGGGGGAACAGCAUCGGCGAUGAGGGAGCAGAAGCAUUUGCGGAAGCUUUGAGGCACCACCCGAGUCUGACCAACCUCAGUCUCUCAGCCAACAGCAUCACAUCUAAAGGUGGGAAGUGCCUGGCUGAAGCGCUGAAGGAGAACAACGCCCUCAGGAUAUUCUGGUUGGUGCAGAAUGAGUUGACUGAUGAAGCAGCUCCACACUUUGCUCAGUUGGUCCAGGCAAACACAGGUUUAUCCCACCUCUGGUUAAUCAGCAACCAGUUCACUGUGGAUGGGAUCAAACUCCUCGCCGAGGCCCUGACUCACAACACAGCGCUCAAAGAAAUAUGUGUGAAGGGAAACCAGCUCUCCGAGGAGGAAGAGAAACAGUUUGUGGAGAAGAGACUGCGGUUCCACUGAUGGGCACUCGCGGGAGACGUCCAUGUGCUGCUGAGAAAUGUCCGUAGGGCACAACAGAUCUCAUGUUACGUUAUGUGAUGUUAUGUAUAAAUGAACAGCGUGGUGCAUCCUUUCACCUGGCUGCAGGUGCGUGGGCACAGACUGUGUAUUGAUCACAUCAAUUAUGGUUGAUGAAAUGUGUCGGGGGUGUUUACCUGAAAUCUCGACCAAAUAUUGGACAUUUGACAACCAUGACUGUUACAAAACGGGAAGUGAUGGCACUGAUGAAAAAAGGAAAGAGUUUCUUCCUCAUGAACGAGUGUGACCGAUGCAUGUUUUGAAUUGAAUGCACAAUAACUUUAUGAAAUGUAUUAUGACCAUUACUACUCGACGGUGCUGGGAGCUGAUGGGAUGUGUUGCGGUGUACUCCAGUGUGAAGAGUGUUUACUGUGUGUGUGUGUGUGUGUGCGUGUGUGUGAUAGCUCUUUGUGCAGAGCUACACAGAUACCGUUAUAUCCAAUCCCAAUGUGUUCUGUUGCAUGACAUCAGCGAAGGAAUUUCUCCUGAAGGACUCGGGUGACUGGAGCUUAGUUAAAUCAACAAUUGGUUUAUUCUCGCUGAUCUGUUUUGCAGUCAGUGUUCCAAUAAUCUACUGAAAUUGACGCACCUAAAGGAAAGGCAGCCAAUUAGCAAAUGGAAUCUGUGCUUUUUUGUUAUGGCUAUAAGUCCAAAUGGCUGCUGUGUCCUGGUUAACAUCUUCCAAAGCGACCAGACCCUAGCAUACCGGAGAACAAUCCCUAAUCCUAACGUCUUUUAAAGGGCACUCAGUGACUAAUCAUUACA